CCACCCCAACCCCGCAAGCAAAUAAAGGAGGAAAACCCGCUCUUCCGCCGCCGCCGCCGCCGCCGCAGAGUCCCUCUUCCGCCGCCGCCGUCGCCGGAGCCCUAACCCUAGGGCGGAGGGAUGGCGCGGGGGUUCCGCGGCGUCCGGGACGACCUCACCGAGCUAGGCCGCCACAUCCUCGACAUCGCCUGCUUCCUCCACCCGCUCCUCGGCCCCGCCCACCUCACCGUCGACUCCCCGCCCGCCACCCCCACCCACCGCCACCACCACCACCGCCGCUCCCCUUCCCCGCGCCCCGCCACGCCGCCCUCCCCCUCCAUCCUCGCCGGCAUCCUCGCCGACCUCGCCGAGAUCGGCGGCUCCUUCACCGGUGGCUUCGCCCGCCGCGCCGCCCUCCCCGAACCUGCCUUCUCCUCCGCCUCCGCCUCCGCUUCCGCCACCACCGCGGAGUCCCCGCGCGCCGCUUCCUCCACGGCCUCCUCUCCUUCCCCUUCCCCUGCUGCCGCUGCCGCUGCUGAUGUCGCUGAUGACGUCGUCGGGGCGGCGCAGGCCCUUGCGGCGCGGCCCGAGGCGUGGAUUGACUUCCCCGUGCUCGCGCUCGAUGAGAAUUCUAUAAUCUCCGAUAUCCAAAGGGAUCAUAUGGAAGCCAUUGAAAAACUUGUACCUGACUUAGCAUCUCUGAGAGCUAGGCUCUGCCCUUCUUACAUGGAUAUUGAUGUAUUCUGGAAGAUCUACUUUACGCUGCUUGAGUCGAACCUUACUGAACAUACUUCAGAGGUAGAUGAGAAUGUACCAGGUUCUGUUCAUCACGUCAAUGAGAUAGAGUCUGAUUCUGCGCCUAAUGUUUGUGAAAUUGAAAGUGUGAAAAGCACUCAAGAGGGUUAUCAAUCGCCAGAUGAUCGUGUGUUGAUAAAAACAAGAUCCAAUCAAAGCAUUGACCAAUGGGUGUUUGCAAAGUCAAAAUCUGAGCAAAGCAUGGAUCAGUGGUCCGAAAUACCUUCGGAUGUGGAAUCUUCUAGAGAUGGUAGAAGAUACAUUAGCGGUGAGGAGCUUAGCGACGCUGACAGUGCCCAUAUUGUUGUCAUGGACAAAUACAUGGAUUCACUUCUGUCAGAUCGGAGGAGCCUCCACUAUGCUAGCUCCUCAGUCCGGCGGGAUUCAGUAAGAAGAAAACCUGCAUCUUCUACUGACUAUAGCCACCGGCCUCCACAACCAACUCCACCUGCUUCACUAUCCAAGAAGGAAUCAUGGGAUGUCAUUGAGGAUUCAGAGUUUGAGAUACUUGACAGUUAAUAACAGAGAUCUCUGGGAUCUCUCUGGCUAUUUAUCCUUUUUAUUAUUUUUCUCUCUAUUCCCUUACCCUUCACCUGCUUGUAAAUGACGACCUUCAGGUGGUGUCAGUGUUCGUGGGAAAAUUUCUCUACCAUUAUAUUAUUACAGUGUGCAUAUCACUAUGUAAGUUGGGUAUAUCCCCUCAUUCCAUAUGGUGUAACAUAAAGAAAACUGUGAUGGAUCACCUGCCAAGGGUGAGACUAUGGGUAAGUCUCCCACUGUACAAAAUUCUGUGUCACAUGUGGCUUCUAUGCUGGGUUUCCGGAAGUUCUGUGCA